UGUUAAGCAUUGCCAAGCUUCUAUCGAGGUCGACUGAAGUUUGCUAUUGUACCGAGUCUUCGCUGUCAGCAUCCAAAGUCCAUAUCAAUACAGAUCAAUAAAUAUGCCACAUGCUGCGACGCCGCCGCCCUCAACCCCUCUGUACGUCAACGAUGGUUUGCUAAGCCCGGGACAAGUUGGCCACCUACGACCUUCGUCUCCGGGUGAUCCUCUUGAUGAGUUGCGAGAACGAUACCGAAAUGAUGGUUAUCUUCUCCUGAAAGGCCUGCUACCUCGCGACGAUGUUCUGAAGGCCAGGGAGGCGUAUUUCGCUCUUCUAGCCCCCAGCGGUGUUCUUUCGCCAGGCACGCGCCCAGUUGAGGGUAUAUUUGAUGGUACGAAGGACAAAUUGGAUUAUCCAGGCAUGUCAAGCUCGAGAAAUUUUGACACAUAUCGCAGAGGCGCCGGUUCCACCGACGCGAACGGCCGUCCACGCGGGGGUCUCUUCGUCGACCUCGCACUGCAAGCCCACGGCGAACCCUGGUACAAAGACGAAUUUUGCAAACACCCCGCGCUGCACUCGUUCGUCGCCAAAUUCACAGGAUGGGGCGACAGCACCCUCGGGCUCACCCGAUCCCUGCUUCGAAACAACACGCCGCACAACAAAGCUAUCGGCGUGCACUACGACCAGAUCUUCCUGCGCCACGGCGAAGACACCAGCAUGACCGCGUGGGUCCCCAUGGGCAAUGUCGCGCUAGACGGUGGCGGCCUGAUCUACAUGGAGAAGGGCCACGAGCUCGGGCGGGAAAUCGAGAAGGACUUCUACGACCGCGCCCGGAGGACCGGGUUAUCCGACGCGGAGGCAAAGGACGCUUUCAACCAGAACAUGAUGAGCGGCGGACUGCUGGCCGACGGACCGAAGGAAUUCGGUGAGGCGCAUGGGAGGAGAUGGCUGGUAACGGAGUAUGAGGCCGGCGACGUGGUGCUACAUACGCCUUACACGAUCCACGCAUCGACGAUUAAUAAGGAUCCGCGAAACGUCAUCCGCCUUGGCACGGACUUGAGAUUUGUCGACUCAUCUAGGCCGUACGACACGCGAUGGAAAAAUGUGUAUACGUUUGGGGAUGGAGUAUGAGUGCGGAUAGCUGGAGUUGCUUUAAAUAUAAGAUGUGCCCAGGUCAGGAACGUCAGGAGAUGGAAGGAAAAAAAGAAGUGGAAAUACUGUAGCCUAGGGGCACGGUAAUCUUCAUUAGUCCACUGCCCACCCGAAUAGGCAUGCAGCUGGGGACAAUGCAUCGACACGUUUUGCUUCCCAGCAAUGUAGAAAGAUCGCAUUAACUAUUUCGUACAUGAUUGGCCCCUUAUUACGAGAAAGAAUCUCACACACAAAGCUUGACCGCGGCCCACCGAUCUGCUGCCACCGUGCUACCGCGCCAUAAGCGCUAAGUGAGAUAUUCCAUUAAGCUUGGACUUCUUUCCCCGGAGAAGGAUCCACGGAUGCGAGCCACGACCCCUUGCGUCGGGUUGGUCGGGUCGGUCGGAAUAAAAGUCUGGGGUUGUUAUAUC